GCUGAAACAUUGUCUUGUCUAUUGGCGAUUACUUGAAAACAACGAAAUGACCUCCACAGACGAUAAUCUUACGCUUUGCCAUCCUCGACCGUCGUCUGGUCAGAACCCCAACCAAGCUAUUGUGGUGGUCUCCCCGACGCCCAGUAAACUACCACCCAACCAUGUAUUGAUCAAGGUCGACCGCUUUGGUUUUUCUGCGAACAAUGUCACCUACCAGGCAUUGGGCGAGGCGCCGCAUUUUCGAUACUUUGACUUCCAUCCUACGCCUGAGAUAGAGGGUGUUUCUCCUAAAACACACGGGAUUACACCUGUGUGGGGCUUUGGCACAGUGGUCAAAUCUUCGCACCCAAAGAUUCACAUUGGGGAGCGAGUGUAUGGAUACCUUUCCCCGUCGCGAUAUCUUUUACUGCCAGUCUCUCCUUCCGACGUGAAUAAAUACGCAUUUUCAGUGCCUAGACCACAUCUCCCUGCUGAUCGACGGCCGUACAACCAGAUCACCCGGUGCUCAUCAGACCCACUGUAUAACUCUUCACCUGCGGUAGAAGAUCUCACCAUGCUGUACCGUCCACUCUUUUGGACGUCAUUCUGGUGCGAAGAUUGGCUAUUCAGGUCAGGCUAUGGUGGAGGAGCAACCCGGAUCUUGAUAUCAUCUGCGUCUUCCAAGACUGCAUUUUGCCUUGCGUAUCUCAUUCGAAAGCGUAUAAAGAGCGCGGUGCUGCCAGGCACGAGAAUUGUUGGACUCACGUCACGGAAGAAUGUCGAUUUUACUAGGCGCCUAUCACUUUAUGACGACGUUCUGGACUAUGAUUCGUUUAUUUCCUCAUCUGUAAUGCGUCUUGGAGGUGACAAGUGGGUGUACGCCGACGUCGCGGGGAAUGAUUCGCUGAACAGUAACGUCUUCUCUCAUUUUGGCGACGGCGGACAUCUGGUGAAGAGCGUCGCCCUGGGCUUGACGAAUUUGUCGCCUUCCUCUCCUGGAGCAUCUUCUACAAAAUGGUCAAAGAAUGAGUUCCAAAAAGAUACCAAGCCCCACAGGCCAAGCGACUUGGAGCAGUUUUUCAUGCCGGAAUGGCUUGCUGUGCGCAGGAACGAGCUUUCUGUUGCUGAGAUAACGGGCAUGCAGAAGAUUGCUUGGAAUGAUUUGAUGAGGGACUGUGUCAACUGGGUGACAUUGUGCCGCGUUUGCGGGCGUGAAGAUGUCAAAAGGGCGUAUGAUGACGUUGUCAAGCGGGGUCUUGGCCCUGAGGAGGGUCUCAUUUGGAGUUUAUGGGAGGGACAGAAUGCGAAAGAUGAGUCUUCACCCUCACCAAAGCUUUAAAUGAUUGUGGAUAGGCGUCCAAUGGCAGAAUUAUUGCGUUGUCGUCUUCAAUGCCUAGUUUCUGACUUGAUUUAUUUCUUGCGCUGGCUAUGAUAUCAGAGUAGUACCACUGGUAUCGCCCUGCUAUCUGUAACAUAUUUACUCCAAGCCCCUUUACUCCACUAUGCAAUUGUCAACGAUCGGUAUACACAUGUAUGAUCCGGUAUUGGACCAGCGGUGCCGAGACAUGUCAACGCUCGGGGCCAAAGAAAUGGGUCAUCUUUUUUU